GGCAGAGGGGAGGGCCGUUGGUCGGGGCCUGCGGUACGCCGCUUCAUUGAGGGGCUCCACUGCAGCCACCAGCUUGUUGCUUUUCCUGGGUGCCACUUCCCCGGCUGGCCCGACGCGACACGCCAGUAGCGCGACAUCGAUUCCUCUGGGGUUUUUGGGCGCUGCUCUGAGCAGCGUCACCCUUUACACCAGAAAGCUGGCGGGCACUAUGGGGAAAAAACAAAACAAGAAGAAAGUGGAGGAGGUGCUAGAAGAGGAGGAAGAGGAAUAUGUGGUGGAAAAAGUUCUCGACCGUCGAGUGGUAAAGGGCAAAGUGGAGUACCUCCUAAAGUGGAAGGGUUUCUCGGAUGAGGACAACACGUGGGAGCCAGAAGAGAACCUGGAUUGCCCUGACCUCAUUGCUGAGUUUCUGCAGUCACAGAAAACAGCACAUGAGACAGAUAAAUCAGAAGGAGGCAAGCGCAAAGCUGAUUCUGAUUCUGAAGAUAAGGGAGAAGAGAGCAAACCAAAGAAGAAAAAAGAAGAGUCAGAAAAGCCACGAGGUUUUGCUCGGGGUUUGGAGCCGGAGCGGAUUAUUGGAGCUACAGAUUCCAGUGGAGAGCUCAUGUUUCUGAUGAAAUGGAAAAAUUCUGAUGAGGCUGACCUGGUCCCUGCCAAGGAAGCCAAUGUCAAGUGCCCACAGGUUGUCAUAUCCUUCUAUGAGGAAAGGCUGACGUGGCAUUCCUACCCCUCGGAGGAUGAUGACAAAAAAGAUGACAAGAAUUAACUCUCCUGAGUACCAGCCCCUGUCACAUCUGACUGUGGGUUUCAAGUGGGGAGGGAAGGAGUUUUACUUGUCUUGACACCAUAGAGGUGGCUUGAGAAGAUGUCCUUUGAAGAGCCAGUAUAGUUUCUGUGCCCUGCAGCAGCCCAAAGUGCUUUAACGCCGUUCAAGCUGUAUAGUUUGCACACCCAUCCCAGUGGAGAGGAAGGGGGAUAAGUGUUUCAAGGCAGCCCAUUCUGCACUUUGUUGAGAAAAGCAAAGGGCCUUCUAUGAAGGACAAAACUUGUAGAAUUGGGUGUGUGGGAGAACAAAAAG